UUUUUUAUUGAAGUCAUAUUACACUCAAGUAUGUUGCUUGUCUUUCAGACGUGCCUUCACACAAGCCUCACCUGCUGGACGCCAAGAUGGCGUCCUUCUACCGGCACCUAACUGUGACGUUGCCCAUUGGCAGCUCAGUGCUGGUGCUUGUCGUUGUGUUGGCGGUGCUUUGGUGCGUGAUGCGGCGACACGCGGACGACGCUACUGCUGCACAAAGCACGCCACAGGGUAGCGUGUGCGGCGAGCGUUACAAGAGCGAGGGGCUGAGCUCUGUAGAACCGACAUACUGCGGCGGUGGCUCAUCCCGAGGAUCGUCCGCUUAUGCGGUGCCGCACAGAGUGUACGAUGUGCCUUAUGCCCAGAAAAGAUCAGUGGAACAGAUAGCCAUUCAAUCUAGGAAGUCACAGAGUUCUACGGGCCUGAGUCGAGAUGGGUCUCAACUCUUCUACGUCUCGAGCAAAUCUAAAGUGUUCGACGAGGACGAAAUGCAUAGGUUAUGACGCGUGGUUGCCGUCAUACCAUUGUAUUGGAGGAUAUAAUGCGAGCAGUCCUGCCGGAGAGUAAUCGCCACAUGUCUGCCCAAUAUCAGUAAGUAUAUAUACCAAUAUAACGAACACUACGACCACACCUCAACGCACGAGCAUACCGAGCCUCAACGGUCGUCGGGCAUGGUCGCGCAGAAGAUCAAAUUUCGGAUUCCAUUGCCAAAAAGGAAUUGCUUAGGCGGAUCACCUGGAUACGACACCUGUCGAUGAUGAUCUUUUGUUGCUAGAAAACUACAAAGCAACAAAUUGUCCUAUCCUAUACCGUGACAAAUACUCCAUCGUGAUGAUGAUAAUGAUAACAACUUUAUUUUUCGCCAGGUAAGCAUAGAACCCCUGGUUGACGCGCGCAGAGGCAAGAGAGUGGAGGGAAGCAGCAGUGUUGAGGAGCCUUGCGUUAAUUCGAGGCAGAUAGGUUUAACACCUACCCAAUGAGCAAUGGGCGCAACUGGACGUGCACUGCAGUUUAAAGAAUGACCCUAAACAUCGGAAAAAGCGGCGACAUCUUGUGGCUGUUUGUUCGAGUAAAAAGCCGGAAAAGCGUUUUAGUGCUUCUUUCAAUUCUCGCCGAAGCAAAGGAAAAUUUAUUGGCGAUGCCUGCGUUUUUGAUGAUCUCGUUUUCGCAAUGAGUUAAGUACAACACGGUAUUGAAUUGACAGUUUCGUGGGCUGUACCGAAAAUUACGGUCACUUGGUGGCGUCGUGCUGCCACUCACGUCUAUACAUCCUCAAUUUAUAACGUAUACGUUCUACAGACAGGCUAAGCAUAAUUAGUGUUUUUAUGGUUGUUUUCCCCCUCUCCAGGCAACAUUUCACUGAAAAGCUGUAUCACUUGAAAGGCAAGCUGUAUUGUAGCCGAAGCCAGUGCGCUGGACGUAGCUGGCUGCUGCCGUAAUGACGUACCAUUUUCGAAAAUCAACACUUGGGAGCAUCGGUGUACUGUGAUAU